CACACUGGCUAAGGACUUACCAUAUAAAUAAACAAAUUCUUUUCUAUCUAUUUUAAAGCGUUUAACAGGAGUUAGACGCAUGGCGAACAGUUACGACAUACCCAGUUGGGCCGGCAAACCGCCCACUGGGUUGCAUUUGGACGUGCUCAAGGAUGAGAAACUGGUCCAGAAACUUAUGGUGGAUGAGAAAAGAUGCUAUUUAUUUGGGCGGAAUAGCCAGAUGAAUGACUUUUGUAUAGAUCACGCGUCCUGCUCGCGGGUGCACGCAGCAUUUGUGUACCACAAACACCUGAACAUCGCUUACCUCGUAGAUUUGGGUUCUACUCACGGUACUUUUAUCGGCACACUUAGACUUGAAGCCCACAAACCCACCCAGCUGCAGAUCAACAGCACUUUCCACUUUGGAGCUUCCACGAGGAACUACAUUCUCAGAGAACGGCCGUCGGGGCACCAUACUAACAUCAUGGAGGACCUCCCACUGAGCGAAACGAGUGAUGGAACUCUGCUUGGUCUUCCCGAAAGCCAAACAGAAUUGGAUAAUCUCACGGAGUACAACACAGCUCAUAACAGGCGCAUCUCAAUGCUGGGAAUCGAGGAUGACACCAAUCUGCGGAAGCAGAACGCACUAAAGCAAGGAAGACGCCCGCGGAAUGUGACUUUUAACGAUGAAGAAAUCGUCAUUAACCCGGAGGAUGUCGAUCCUAAUGUGGGGCGCUUCCGGAACUUGGUGCAGACAACUGUUGUGCCGGCGAAGAGAGCUCGUUUCGAUGUCAAUCAUAUGGGCAUUCAUUCGGGAAGUAGUGCCAACGCUGCCCACUUGCAUCAGAUGUUCCAGCAAACACUGGCAGACAUGAAACACGGACAACAUCAUAGGGAAAUGCCGCCGCCCAACACAGUACCUCAUUCCCCCACAAACUCGCUGUAUCAGGGACUGCCGGCGGAAUCUCACGGGAAGGGCGAUCUAGAGCCUAUAUCUCCGUUAAGCAUUGGUUCCAAGUUGGGCCUUCUUCUCCCCAACCCUGCUCCAGAUGUAAUGCCUGUUUCUGAUGAGGAUGUGGAAGCUAACUCGUCACUGGCGCAGAAACUAGCCAUGGCCAAUGCGAACGUUCGUCGGUAUGUCGAAGAUUCCCACGAUUCGAGUGGCGAAGGAGAUGCUUUGGGACCACAGAAAAAGAAAUACGCCAAGGAAGCCUGGCCUGGCAGGAAACCCAUGUUGGGGCAGUUGUAAAUACCUAUAACAUAGCAGGUAUUCUACAAGAUUUUAUGAUUUAGAAAAAAUAACAUUUAAAAAAAAGCUUAAGCUCGAAAGCAUCGUCUUAAGUAAUAAAAGUUUAAUAGAUUUUCAACAAUAAAGUCCAAAACAUUUUGCACGUAGAACAGA